UUUACGCGGUGGCUAGGAAAAAGGAAACUUCAUUCAAGACUCAUAGAUCAGGAACUAGGAAGUAUAAUUAAAACUCUGAGUAUGUCCUUGUUAAGAAUGGACGAUACUGGUGGUGCAGUUUAUAUCACUGACACUACUGCAGAGGAAUUAGUUACGAAGUUCAUGUAUCCGGAAAAGGCAGUCGCUAAAAGGAAAUCUUCAAUAUUCACCAGAAGAAGUUCUGUUGCUUUCAUGGAUAAGGAAGACCCGUGUGAUAGUUCAUCUGAUGCUCCAAGCGAUAACUAUCCGGUGGGAUUUGAAGCCUAUGUUGAAAUCCUCAAAAAUGAAAUCAGUGACUGGAAAGUAAUGUACAAGCAAAGAAGAGAGACUCGGAAGAAAGCUAUAAAACAGUUUCAUACGAGAAAGAUCGUAAAUCAAGGUGUAUUUGAUGCUUUAACAGAAGAAGAUAAAAUAUUUCUUGCAAGUAAACCAAACUACGAUAGGACGGGAAAAGACGCAUUGGCAGCACUAGAGUGGCUGCCAGUUUCCGUCGAGAGAGCGAGAAACGUUGAAAGGUCGAUUUCGGAUCUUGUAGCGCAAGUUGAGUUAAUAGGGGGUAUUUUGAAAAAGCGAAUAGUUGAAGAAUCAGUCAUCCAAUGAAAUCUGGAAGUAUUUUCUCAUCCGAUAUUGGUGUAUUAUGAAAGAGAAUAUUCUCGUAAGGAGCGGUAAAUUACUUUGGUGGAACUCUCAACGUUUAGAGGCCAAGUCAUUUGUGAUUCUUUGGGAGUGUUAGUGAGUGUUGGUUAUUUAGAGCUGUUAAUGUUUCUCGUUUUCCGAUCGUGUGAAAUUUUGACAACCCUCUGUUAUAUACUGUUCUGACGUAACUAUGUUAAAUGUUUCGUUUUCGUUGUAAAAUAUAACCCAAAUGGCUGUUACUGCUGCAUGUAUUAGAUUUUAAUCAAUGUGUUUUUCUCAUCACUUUGUUUUCAUUUAUCAUAACACUUUCAAGUAUCAAAUCCAGCUGCAGCUGAAAAAAUGAGCCCCAAUUAAAAUGUGAAACCUUAGUGUGAGUAAA